CUCCCUUUUUUCGAAUUGGUUGUGAGGGGUAGAUUCGAGUUACAAAAUGGCGGCUCGGAGCGCGCUUUUCCCCGGCUUCUAGCGGCUUCGGGCUGAAUGGAUGUCUCUUUCUCUCCGUGCAGUACACAGAGAAGAGGGUUCGAGGGCAUGCUGUUGGGCCUCGGAGUUUGCUGACCACUCAGGCCUCGGAGGCCCUCACCACACCGGAAGUGUCCAGAGGCUGCUUCGGCCCUGCUCGCCGCCGCGCCCACGUCCCAGCCAGCGGGACCUGGGAGGUUCAAAAAAAUGGCCAAAAGAAUUGCUGAGAAGGAAUUGACAGAUAGGAAUUGGGAUCAAGAAGAUGAAGCAGAAGAGGCGGGAACAUUCUCAGUGGCCAGUGAAGAAGUCUUGAAGAAUAGAGCCAUAAAGAAAGCAAAGCGCAGAAAUGUCGGACUUGAAUCCGAUGGUGGAGGAGCCUUUAAAGGUUUUAAAGGUUUGGUUGUGCCUUCUGGAGGAGGGUUUUCUGGAUUUGGUGGUGGCCCUGGAGGAAAGCCUCUGGAAGGACUGACAAAUGGAAACAGCACAGCCAGUACCACAUCCUUCACCAGUGCAAAGGCAGCAACGGAGCCCAAGACAGCCGAGCCCAAGACAUCCUUUGGUUCUUUUGCUGCAAAUGGUCCUACUACCUUGGUUGAUAAAAAGAUUUUAAGCCCCAAGUCUAAUGGCAGCAGUCAGCAGCCUUCCUCUGGCCAUGCUCCCAAGGCCUGCUCUGGGAAUGCCUAUCACAAGCAGUUGGCUGGAUUGAACUGCUCUGUUCGGGAUUGGAUAGUGAAGCACGUGAAUACAAACCCACUCUGUGACCUGACGCCUAUCUUUAAAGACUAUGAGAAGUACUUGGCAACCAUUGAGAGGCAACUUGAGAGCAGCGGUGGCAGCAACUCCGAGCCUGGGACGAACAGGGAGCCGGGGGAGCUGCAGCCACCCGGCCUCUUCAGCUCAGCAAAAGUACAGCAAGAGUCAACCUUUCUGUUUCAUGGCAACAAGACUGAGGACACCUCUGAAAAGGUGGUGUUUAUGUCUGAAAAGAAAGUAGACCCAGCACCAGGAGCAACAAGUGCCUCAUUUAAUUUUGGCAAGAAAAUUGAUAGCUCAGUUUUGGGCUCGUUAAGCUCUGGUUCCCUGACUGGAUUUUCAUUCUCCGCUGGAAACACUAGUUUAUUUGGUAAAGAUGCUGCCCAGAGUAAACCCACGUCUCCAUUUUCUGCUAAAGUAUUGGAGAGUCCAGCAGAAGGUAGCAGUAGUGAUUGCAAAGGUGGAGAUGAAGAGGAGAGUGAUGAGCCGCCCACAGUGGUUGUCACUGAAGUGAAGGAGGAGGAUGCUUUCUACUCCAAAAGGUGUAAACUAUUUUACAAGAAAGACAGUGAAUUUAAAGAGAAGGGUGUGGGUACCCUGCAUUUAAAACCCACAGCAAAUCAGAAGACACAGCUCUUGGUACGGGCAGACACCAAUUUAGGCAACAUACUGUUGAAUGUUCUGAUUCCACCCAACAUGCCGUGUACCAGAACAGGGAGAAACAAUGUACUUAUUGUCUGUGUUCCCAACCCACCGCUCGCUGAGAAGAAUGCCAGUGUCCCAGCCACCAUGCUGAUCCGGGUGAAAACCAGCGAGGAUGCGGACGAGUUGCACAAAAUCCUACAGGAGAAGAAAGGUGCCUGAGCCCUUAGGUUGGCUGAGGAAUGUCACCGAGCUGCUGCUCCCCUUCACCCCAACUUAGUCAGGUUUUCUCCUCUUCUUACUUUGACAUUCUAAGAACUUCUAGGUAACUUGAAAUUUUUGUGAGGAAGAUUAAGGCCAAUAAAACCUUGGGUAUAAUGUUGAGAAGCUGUUCUUCUUGAGAGCUAUCCAUCCAGUGUGCAGAGUGCAUCAUCAAAUGAGAAGCUUGGUAAGACUAUGAUUCAUUGAGUAAAUUAACCUAAAUGAUCUCUUAUGGACUACAAUCAGGGUACCAAUUAGCUUUUCCAAAGGCUCCUCCAGUCAGUCUGCGGGGCUGUGGUCCCUGCCUGCCCGGGAGGCUUCCCACGCUGUGUCCAACAGCGCUCCAGAAGAAGCUUGUCAGUCUGACUAGCGCUCUUACCAAAUGACCGUGCCGCCACACUGUGACAGAUGUCCUUCCCAGUGUUUUCAGGCUGGACUAUGGGUACUGAGUAUCCCUGUCCAAGCUGGUUCCGGCCUGGUUCUUUGCAGGUACUGGCCUUUGACCCUGGGGGCCGCUCCGCUGUCAUUCAGCAUCUGCCUUCUCAUGCUCAAAUGGGAGGAGUAGCUGGUGGAGGGAGGAGUUGUGGGCUUUGUAUUUGCUUCUGUAGUUUUUACUCAUGAGGUGCUGUCUGAGCCCCUGAAGACAGUAUGGAAGGGGGUUUCCAGGAAUAAUGGAUUUUAAAGCACAAAUUUGGUAGUGUGUCAUUCCUAUACCACAGACGAUAGAUAACCCUUUAUUUUUUUUAAAAAACUGAAACGAUAGUAAGAAGGGAACCUAAGCUUGUGAUGAGCCCGGGACAGAGCCUGCUGAACGGUCCAGAGCUGCCUGGCUGCACCACAGCCGCGUGAACUCGCUAGGAACGGAGUGAAGAGGUGGAAGCGGGUCAGUUUUUGCCGUAACAUCUGAGACAGCAAUGUGUUAGGUGUUUGGUAUCAGAAUAAUCCAUUUUUUUAAGGACAGCGUCCUGUCACUUAGAAGAGAGCUGUGGUUCUUCACUGUGUUGGCCACACCACCUCACAGUAGGCUUUAAUGUGUGUCAGUCCGUGAACUCAGCACUGGAAAAGCUGAGGAGGAUCACUGAGAGGUCAAGGCAGACUGCGCUACAGAGUAAGACACCCCCCAGGCCACCCUGCCACCCACAAGGAAAGGAUUUUUUUGUCCAAAUUUCACUUCGAUUCCUAAGGAAAACAUUUAGUACUGGUACCAGAUGAUCUUGUUGAAGGCUCACGAUCAGCACCCAAGGGCUCACGCUUGUAUAUUCUGAUAGUUGGCUGUGUUCUGACGUAGGGAAAUAGUUACAAAUUAAGUGGUACAGUUGCUUCAAAUGACGGGGUGGGGGGCUGUGUGAAACCUGGUUAAUUUUAAGUUCUUGAGAGGUAGGGCGAUGAGGCCAGUGUUUGUCUGAGUUUCUUAGAGUGCUCUGUGCUAAGCUGUUUUCUGAUCCCAGUGGGAGGACGUGGGUAUGCAUGCAGAGGUGUGCUUGUGCUGUCGUGGGAUGUCCGACACACUGCACUGUGCGCCCGAGGAGGAGCUGUGCCUUUACUCUAGCUAGCAUCAAGAUGUUCAGGACUACGCUGUGUAAGCAGCUGCUCCUGUUCAUGGUGGUCCUGUCCCAUUCAUGUCAGGUUUAUCCAACUUUGAAAUGAAGCAAUGAGGGGAACAACUUUCAGAAUCCAGUUAAGCCACAUGUGCCCACAAGGCCAACGUGUCAUAAACUUGGGAACUUUGAGGAGCAUGGUGGUGUUCAUGAUGUGAGCAUCUGCAUACGCCAUGACUAUUUACCAAAAAGAAAAUAAAAUGACGGAAUUGCCUUUUGAACUCUGCCCAAACAAUUUUAAUUCUAAAUUAGUAGGUAUAUGUGGCUUGGUUUUCCUAACAUUCCCCAGCAAAUUUUUGCUGCUAAGUCGAUCUCUUGGAAGUGAAAUUUACAGGGAAAAAGUGUGCUACAUGACCACAGCCCAAAAUUUGGCGUUUCUUAAGCGCCUGGUAUGCUUUAGGAACUCAUUACUCUCCACUUGAUCACAGGGAAGAACCAAGCGUGUGUGCAUUUCUCUGUAAAAUCUGAUACCUUGUUACUUAGAGGGGCCCCUGGAGGGUUUACCUGUUUCACACCACGGUGUUAGCAGCUGGUUCUGACUGACCCAUGGGUUUAGCUACAUUUAUGUUUGGAAUUAGCCUUUAGUGUUUUCAGUGUGAACUGAGAUUUUGACCUUUAGUCUCUGCUUGCGCUAACGUGAAGUGUGUGCUCCUUUAACUCUGCCUGCAUCCUGACACAUGCUGCCAGCCCUACGGCUUCCCACAGAUCGUGUCUGCACAUUCCUAGUAAGCGAAAAAUCAAGUGCUGCGCUGUCUUCCUUACUGGAACCGCACACUGGCUCUUAGAGGCCAAGUCUUGACUGUUCAUGGACCGAUUCUCUGUUUGACAGUUUCAAUUCUAAAUCAUAUUUUUACACGCUGCAUGCCAAACCAAACAAACAUGUUCUGGGGUAGAGGAAAGGGAUCCACCUUACUGUUGGGGUUUAAAGGUUUCCCUGAGCACUUGCUCAGCACACUUUGAAAGUAAGGCAUCUUUCUUGCUCCAUUAUGUUCCUAUUUCUGAAGACUACGUGCUCACUGUGACCAAGUCUCUUCAUCCUGGAAGUGGGAGUUGAGAGAAUGACCCAGGAGCCCUUGACAGAUGUUCAGCCCAGUGCUCUGCAUGAGGCACCACACGUUCAGUAGUCAGGACCAAGGGCUGUCUCAACGUAGAGUCCCUUAACAUACAAAACUAGCAAUCCGAUGGAAUAAUCAUUUAAAGAGGAAAUUGUUUGGUAAAAACUAAAGUACUUGAAUUGUCAGGCGGUAUAAUCUCAGUUUGUAUUAGUCCCAUUGAGGAAGUGUAACAAUCCAUGAAAUGUGAAUAAAUAGUUUAAGGAAACCA